AUGUCCGCCGCGUUGAUGAAAUAUUUUCAAAAGAGCCACGUCCGUGACGCGAUCCAUGUGCCGGAGUUUGUUCAAGGAUGGCAAUUUUGCACUGAUUUCGGCGGUCAUGACUAUAAUUUGCAAUACAAUGACACGAGUGAGGUCUUUCAGAAAAUAUUCAACAGUGGAUAUCCGUUGAGACUCGUUUUCUAUAACGGUGAUGUGGACACCGAAUGCUCGAUGUUUCAAGCUGAAUACUUCAUCGAGGCCUUCACUUCGAUCAACAAAUUCAAUACAACCUACAAACGAAAAGAAUGGCUUUACAAUCUCGGUGAUCAAUAUCAGCAAACGAUCGCCGGAUACACGAAAAGAUUCGAGACGGCAAAGAUGAAAAUCGAUCUGUUGACGGUUAAGGGUUCCGGCCACAAUGUGCCUAUGGAUCGACCCGGACCCGCGCUACAGGUUUUAUACAAUUUCCUGAAGGACGAUCUGACGUACAACUCCCUUGUCCCCUUUUCACUCGUCCGUCAACCCCUUCUCCAACAAUUUAUGGAGCAAGGCGAUGGCCCACUCGCCACAAGCAACCCAUCAACGAACAUGACAUCAACAACAAUGACAAGGACAAUCGUUUUUUUUAGCCUUUUCUUUAUUGCCAUCUAUUCAGCGGCUGUUCUCAAUGAAGAUUUUGAGAUCGAUGCCGUCAUCUCGAGCACCGUGGUCCCUCCAAUCCCGUCCUCACCACAAUCCCCUCUUCAAUCCUCGAUUUCCCCGAUCCCAAUUCCACUCAACCCCCUGCGGAACAAAGCACCAAAUCUUCUUCCACAAUCUCUUUCUUUACUUGUCUCUCCGUCCGAAUCUGAGGAGACGUCCAUCUCCGAUCCGGACAUCCGAAUC